AUGCCAGCAAGUGUGUUUUUCCUGAAAAGGGAGCCCUGCACAGAGGCUGUCUCCAGGCCAGGUCUUAUCUACUUCACCGUGGAGGAUGUGGAAUCUCAGUCUGAUUUGGAGGUGAUCCUAGAAUUUCUGGAGGAGUACUACAGGCAAAACUCUGUAGAAAAUGGGGACAAGGUGUCCCGGAGUACAGGAGUGCCUUUGGAGGAAAGACCAAUGCCUGUGGAUGAACCCUGCGAGCAGUGCUGGACAUUCUAUGGACCAGCUGUAGGCACAAACAUGUUUGUCCUCAUAUAUCUAAAGACAUGCAAAUACGACAAAGGUGAGCGCCUUGCAAACUGGAAUUCUCUUAUUCAUAUUAUUGUAAUGUCUUCCCCAUCAAAGAAUAUCAAAUCCACACGUCAGCCUUUACCGCCACAUGAUGCCCGACCAGCAUUCUGCCAAAGCACAACACCAACAUUGUCUGACAUUGUAUCAUCAAGACAAUCAGCCAAACACCCAGCCACAGGAGCGGGGAGUGGCAGAAAGGUGCGACUCUUUCACUUCCUGUUUGAGAUGCUGGAGGAUCCGAGCAUGGCCCACUGUUUGUCCUGGGUGCCAACAGCUGCAGGCGUUUUCCGCUUUUCCUCAAGGAAUAAGGACCAAGUGGCGGCUCUUUGGGGCCAGAGAAAAGGCAACAAGAGGCCCAUGACCUACCAGAAGAUGUCCAGGGCCCUUAGGAACUACGCUCGGUCUGGAGAGAUAUUCAAGGUUAAGAAGAAGCUCACCUACCAGUUCAGCAGAGACACCCUACAGUCAUUGCAAAGGUUUCAACAAGGACAUUUUUAA